AGUUCCUGGUGGCUGUUGGACAGCUCACACAGCUCCCUGCCAGGUCACCUGCCAUGGUCCUCCCUCUGCCCUGGCUCUCUCGGUGCCAUUUCCUUCGCCUCCUUCUGCCCUCCUGGUCCUUGGCACCCCAGGGCUCCCAUAGGUGCUGCUCCCAAAACCCCAAGGCAAGCAUGGAAGAGCAGACCAGCUCCAGAGGAAAUGGGAAGAUGAUAUCCCCUCCCAGGGGCCCUGGGACCCACUGCACAGCUGAGCUGGCCCAAGCUGAAGAGUUGCUGGAGCAGCAGCUGGAGCUGUACCAGGCCCUCCUGGAAGGGCAGGAGGGAGCCUGGGAGGCCCAAGCCCUGGUGCUGAAGAUUCAGAAGCUGAAGGAACAGAUGAGGAGGCACCGAGAGAGCCUGGGAGGAGGCGCCUAAGUUUCCCCCAGUGCCCACAGCACCCUCUGGCACUGGAGAAAUACAUGCACAACCCACCAGGAGCCUUGGGAUCAUAAACACCCCAGCGUCUCCCAGGCCAGAGAAAGUGGAAUAGACCUCCACAAAGCACAGGCAAUUGGCAAUUGGCAGGUAGUGGGGGAGCCAGGGCUCUGCAGUCUUAGUCCCAUUCCCCUUUGAUCUCACAGCAGGCAGGGCACCCAGGCCUUAUAGGAAUUUACCCUGGACCAUGCCCUAAAAUAACCUCACCCCAAAUACAAUAAAGGGACGAAGCACUUAGAGAUACCACA